GACGUAAUCAAGACGGAAGAGCUUAUUGACUAUUUACAGAGGCUGGAAUAUUUGGAUUUCAUAGAGGCGGAUUUCGAUCUCAGAAAAUCCGAAGCUUUUCGUCGUACAAAACUCUGGAUGAGUAAAGUCAAUGGAGAGGAUAUUACGUAUAUCAAGCAAUUCAAUCCAGUUUUUGAGGAAAUUGAUGAUGAUAAAGCGCUUGAGCAAUGUAUGAACGAAAUUACGUUAAGACUUACGAAUCUGGAAACAAUGCAGGAUAGUACCAAUGAAGCCACGCGUUGUAUAUUUAUUACAUCGAUACUAAAUGCUUCUCUUCUCUGGCUAUCGUUCGACGGCUUACCAAUAAAGAAAAAAUCUAUAUAG